AUGAGCUUCAUUCAACGAGUGACGAAGCGGCUGCCUUCGGCGCCAAGUCUACCCCUAGACGACACACCGCGUGAAAAGGGCCGCAUACCGAGCAGAUUUGCCUUCUUCAGGCGAAGAAUACGGUUGAAAGGGAAUUCCUCCAUCUCGAUACCCUUGGGAUUUGUGCUAUUAUUCCCAUGUUUGGUGAUCAUCCUUAUUUUAUUACUUUUUAUCCGUCAUCCCUCCUCUUCGGGAGGUAUCCUGAUCCCUGCAGGCACGCCUCCUUCUAUAAGAAAAAUCAGUGAAAAGUAUGACAGGGUCUUUGCCACAGGUUGUCGCUCAAUUGAUACCAGCACACCACGAGCAAAUGCUGCAUUUGUUGUUCUUGCUCGAAACAAGGAAAUCGACGGUGUCGUCCAGUCCCUGAAAUCAAUCGAGCGGCACUUCAACCGGUGGUGGCACUACCCUUACGUCUUCCUAAACGAUGGCGACUUCGACCAGCAGUUCAUAGACACCGUCAAGAACUACACCAGUGGGCCUGUUGAAUUCGGUAAAAUUGACGAUUCCAUGUGGGGUUAUCCUGACUGGGUGGACCAUGAAGUUGCAAAGGAAGGAGUCCGGAAGCAGGGAGAUGCCGCUAUUAUGUACGGUGGAAUGGAGAGCUAUCACCACAUGUGCCGUUUCUAUUCCGGUCAUUUCUAUAACCACCCUCUCCUUCUUAAGUACGAAUGGUACUGGCGCCUGGAGCCCGAGAUCAAGUACUUCUGCGACAUUACAUAUGACCCCUUCCUCGAAAUGAUCAAAGCCAACAAGACAUAUGGUUUCACUAUCGCUGUGAAAGAGCUCCGCGAAACGGUUCCGAAUAUCUUCCGAUACGCUUCCGCCUAUAAGCGCAAGAACAACAUCGAAUCCCAGGGUCUCUGGGAAAUGUUUUUGGAAAAGCGCGAAGAAGAGGAUGAGACUAAGAAGGAAGAGAAGAAGGAAGAGCCGCUCCCCGAAGAGAUCCUCAUGUCCGAGCCCGGCCAGAAUUCCAUUCCAGAUGUUGAUCCCGAGGCCAUGGAAGGUGAAUCCUAUAACAUGUGUCAUUUCUGGAGUAAUUUCGAGAUUGCUCGCCUCGACUUCUUCCGAAGCAAGGCGUAUCAAGACUUCUUCGAAAUGAUGGACCGAAGCGGCGGCUUUUGGAUGGAGAGAUGGGGUGAUGCGCCUAUUCAUUCCCUCGCGGCUGGUAUCCUUCUCGGUCCUGGCGAUAUCCACUAUUUCCGUGAUUUCGGUUACCGGCACACCACCAUCCAACACUGUCCCGCCAAUGCCCCCGCACGCCAAUUACCUCGAGUCCCAUGGCUAGAAAAGACGACAGAUGAUGAGAAGAAACGGGUUGAAGAAGAUGAAUACUGGGCCAAUCCCGACCCCGUCAAAGAGAAUGGUGUCGGCUGCCGCUGCCGCUGUGACACGGAUAUUGUUGAUGUGGAAGGCAAGCAGGGCAGUUGCCUGGUCGAAUGGGUCGAUGUUGCGGGAGGAUGGGCGUCCCCUUGA